GCGUCUCAUCUUUCUGCUGCCAACAGGGAAGCUGCUGAAGAGUGCUUUUUGCGAGCGUCGGCGUGUUUGAGGGCGGGAGACAACGAGAAUGCAGCAAAACAUCUAAGACGAGCUCAAAGGAUGGAUCCAUUGUGUGCAAAAUUCACAACCCUCUUAAACAUACUGGAUUCCGCAGCACUGUCAUCUAAAGAAACAAAAAUGGCUGAAAAACCUGAUUGCAAAACUACAGCAGCAGACAAACCUGACGUGUUACCAUCUGACUGGACGAUAGAAGGAGGUAGACUGAGGUCAGCAAUGUCAUCUGCAUCAAUAGGCAUCAACCGAGAAGAGCAAGCAGGUGGACAAAGCAAAAACGAUGCACAAGGGGAUGGAAAAGGCAAUGAUAGUAUUGAUCACGAGCAACACGACGAAGACCAUGUAGAACAAAAUGAAGAAGACGAUGGAUGUGAUGUUAUUGAAGACAGAUUGGAAAGCAGUUGGCACAGACAAAAUGUUCACGACAAUAAUUCUAACAAGGACCCACUCAUUGAUAACAAUUUAGACAAAAUGCAAGCAAAUCAUCAGAGAUGCAACACUCAUACAACAUCCUGGCAUUCAACGGAUAACAGUCCACCAUCGACAGUCCAAACAAGCAACAAGACAGACGACUCUAGAACAACAGACGAUAAAACAAACGAACGGCAUUGUGUAGUUCCCGAUGUGGAAGUUGAAAAUUUGGGACCUCGUACACCACUGAUGAGUCAAACUCCGGAUGUUGUCAAGAGCUGUGAGCCGGCAAUGAAACUUCCGUUUAAGACUGUUAGGCGUGUGGGCGGGGUGAGAGUCAAAGGCAGAAGGAGGAACGGAGAUUCGUUCAAUGACGGGAAACAGAUUAGUCGUGCAGUGUACAAUAGGUCAGUGAGUAGUGAGAGUGAGGAGACAAAAUCGUUGGAAACCGAGGGCAGCAGAUCAGAUGAAUCAAAGACGGAUUGGACAAGCAGAGGUGAAGUAACAAAAGUACAUUUGAAUGUUUGGUUGAAGAAAGGAUAUGAGGUCAUGCUCAUGAUUCUCAUUUAUUUGGCUGCAAUACUGUGGACGGCUCUUUUGUUUACUGCCAGUGGGUUAAAAUACCUUGCUCAAACUUUAAUUUCAUUUUGCAAACGAGAAGGAAAAAUCCUCGUGAUCAAGAUUAUGGUGCAUCUCAUUUUGUUUUGGCACACACGAUUCAAACCUUGUACAGAAAGACUUCGAAUUAAGCUCUCACUUUUGCGGAAGAAAAUUCGGAGGUGGUGGAGACGACUUGGUGGAAAAGAGGAAGAACCGGAAGACAGAUUUGAUGAAUUUGAAAACAUGGCGAAGGCACUUCAGACAGAUCCAGGAGAAACGAUAGAUUUGCCCAGGACAAGUGAUGAGGCUGUCGAGCGUUUGUUGGGUUGUCGCAAUAAGGAUUUGUAUAGUAUAUUGGGAGUAGCAAGAAAUUCAACUGAAGAAGAAAUCAAGAAGCAUUACAGAAAGCAGGCAAUGCUAGUUCAUCCUGACAAAAAUAAGAGUCCUGGGACAGAGGAGGCAUUCAAGAUACUUGGACAUGCAUUUGAGACUCUAGGAAACGAGGAAAAACGGCGGGAAUACGACAGCAGGGCUAAUGAAGACCAGUUACAAGCGGAAUUCGAAUUCUUUUUUACAAAACUUCUGGAGAAGAUGGAGGAGUCUCGUAAUAUGUUGCCGUGUGGGCAGUGUGGAGGGUCUCAUAGACGCUAUGUGAUAACGGAUCGGUCGAUAUACAAUGCAAGAUAUUGCGGAAAGUGUGACAUAAGACAUCCUGUUAAUGACGGAGAUGUAUGGUGUGAAAGCGAUCGUUUUGGCUUCAGAGUUUACUUCUAUGCAUACAUGGAUGGUGAAAUUUACGACAUCACCGAAUGGGCGGCAUGUCAGGGUUUCAGAAACAGAAUGAAAGCUAACGGACAUGCUGUAACCAUAAGGAUCAGUUCGCGAGGAAAUAAUCCUCCAAGCAGAGCUAAAAGUCAACAAGAAGCGAAUGAGAGACGUGAGGUUCAGGACAUGUUGGAUCGCUUGUUUCGGGAUUCGCAAGUGUACAGAAGUGAUCACAUGCCACAUCCACAUGGCGACAGAAUGGGUGACAUGAGUGGCUGUUCGGAGACUUACCAGAGUGGUAAACGUGCAGCACGAGCUAGAAGACGAAGAAAGAAAAAGACUUGAUACUCUGAGAUGGUAAUUCUCUAUGACAGGUCUGGAUUCAAAUUUCAAGUCAAGUGGAGUUGUAUUGGCAACAUAUGUUACAGGUACACAUUGUAUGUAGGCAACUUGGUACUUAGACACUACAAGUUAUUUGAAUACAACUUGAGUUUUUUCAUGCAAUUAUUUAGUGAAUACGAUAAAGAAGCGUUGACUCUUUUCUUGUUUUGGUGUUUUUCUUGGCAAAUGCGGGUUUUGUUUAACGUUUUUGACAAAUUUUGACAGGUCAGUAUUGGAGUAGAGUACGUUAGUGAGUUCGUAGUGUGUGUGUGUGUGUGUGUGUGUGUGUGUGUGUGUGUGUGUG